GGGAGAAGGCGGACGCGGCGGGGCACGCGAGAGGGGCGCUUCCCGCCCUUUGCUGGCGCGCGCCGGCCGCCUCUUGCCGCCUCAGGUCUGAGGGGAAGGUGAGGGCGGCAGCCCAGGGCAUCUGCCCAGCGCAUCCUCCGGGCACUGGGAUGGCCGGGGAGCAGAGCCUGGCCGAUCAGCGAGCUUGGCAGUCUGUGUCCUUCAUCCCCUGGUCCCUGUGCCACAGGAACGGAACGGGGUGGAUUCGGCGUCGGUGGGAAAAGCUACGGGACGGAGGCAAGGGAGAAGGCAGGGAAACUGCAGUCGUUCCUGUUCAAGAGCGACUUAGCUGACCAUGUCCGACUGGUGAACACGUAACUCAUCCAGAACCGCAAUGUCCCUGUUGUUCACUCGUUCCAACUCAAUAGUUGCAGUGAAGAAGGAUAAAAGACACAUGGCUGAGGUAAAUGCUUCUCCACUUAAACAUUUUGUCACUGCAAAGAAGAAAAUCAAUGGCAUCUUUGAGCAGUUGGCUGCAUACAUCAAUGAGAGCUCCUCAUUCCUGGAAGAAACACACAAGAAUAUCGAGCUUGAUCCUGUCACCACAGAAGAGCAGGUACUGGAAGUCAAAGGCUACCUGUCCAAAGUCAGUGGUAUUAGUGAAGUGUUGGCAAGACGACACAUGAAAGUGGCUUUUUUUGGAAGGACAAGCAAUGGGAAGAGCACUGUGAUAAAUGCCAUGCUAUGGGACAAGGUCCUUCCUUCAGGCAUUGGACACACCACUAAUUGUUUCCUGCGCGUAGAAGGGACAGAUGGACAUGAUGCUUUCCUGCUUACUGAAGGCUCAGAGGAAAAGAAGAGCGUUAAGACAGUAAACCAGCUGGCUCAUGCCCUUCAUCAAGAUGAACUUCUGAAUGCUGGCAGCCUGGUCAGUGUAAUGUGGCCCAAUUCCAAAUGUCCUCUCUUAAAGGAUGACCUGGUGCUGAUGGACAGCCCUGGCAUUGAUGUAACUACAGAGCUGGACAGUUGGAUUGACAAAUUCUGUCUAGAUGCUGACGUGUUUGUUCUGGUGGCAAAUUCGGAAUCAACACUGAUGCAAACAGAGAAACAGUUCUUUCACAAGGUGAAUGAACGUCUGUCUCGACCCAAUAUAUUUAUUUUAAAUAACCGCUGGGAUGCAUCUGCCUCCGAACCAGAGUACAUGGAAGAGGUGCGCCGGCAGCACAUGGAGCGCUGUACCAGUUUCCUAGUGGAUGAGCUGGGUGUGGUGGAUCGAGCCCAGGCAGGAGACAGAAUUUUCUUUGUGUCUGCAAAAGAAGUGCUGAAUGCCAGGAUUCAGAGAGCUCAAGGGAUGCCAGAAGGAGGUGGAGCAUUGGCAGAUGGAUUUCAAGUAAGAAUGUUUGAGUUUCAGAACUUCGAGAGAAGAUUUGAGGAAUGCAUCUCACAGUCAGCAGUAAAAACAAAAUUUGAGCAGCAUACGGUGAGAGCAAAGCAGAUUGCAGAAGACGUUCGUCUCAUCAUGGAUUCUGUGCACGUUGCUGCCCAGGAACAGCGAGUUUACUGUCUGGAAAUGCGAGAGGAACGACAGGAACGUUUGGGAUUCAUUGACAAACAGCUGGAGCUGCUUACUUAUGAUUACAAGCGGAAAAUAAAGCAGAUCACAGAAGAAGUGGAGAGGCAGGUGUCAAAUGCAAUGGCAGAAGAAAUCAGACGGCUUUCCGUGUUGGUGGAUGAAUACCAAGCAGACUUCCAUCCUUCUCAAGUAGUGCUUAAAGUUUACAAGAGUGAGCUGCACAAACACAUUGAGGAAGGUCUGGGCCGUAAUAUGUCAGAUCGUUGCUCCAAUGCAAUCACAACAUCCCUGCAGACGAUGCAGCAGGAAAUGAUAGAUGGCUUAAAACCCCUUCUCCCAGUCUCUUUGAGGGGCCAGAUAGACAUGUUAAUUCCCCGACAGUGCUUCAUGCUCAGCUAUGAUCUGAACUGUGACAAGCUUUGUGCUGACUUCCAAGAGGACAUAGAAUUCCAUUUCUCUCUUGGAUGGACAAUGCUGGUGAACAGGUUUUUGGGACCAAAGAAUGGUCGUCGAGCCUUGAUGGGCUAUAAUGACCAGGUUCAACGCCCCUUAACACCAGCAAAUCCCAGUCUGCCUCCUUUGCCUCAGGGCUCCAUGACCCAGGAAGAACUCAUGGUGUCGAUGGUGACUGGACUGGCCUCAUUAACUUCCCGAACUUCCAUGGGAAUCAUCGUGGUUGGUGGUGUGGUCUGGAAGGCUGUGGGCUGGAGGCUGAUUGCUCUCUCUUUUGGCCUUUAUGGGCUCCUUUAUGUAUACGAGCGGCUCACCUGGACCACGAAAGCAAAAGAGCGAGCUUUCAAACGGCAGUUUGUGGAGUAUGCUAGUGAGAAACUGCAGCUCAUCGUCAGCUACACAGGCUCUAACUGCAGCCACCAAGUCCAACAAGAGCUUGCUGGAACGUUUGCUCACCUGUGUCAGCAAGUGGAUGUCACACGGGAGAAUCUUGAGCAGGAGAUUACUGCCAUGAAUAAAAAAAUUGAGGUUCUGGACUCACUACAGAGCAAAGCAAAGCUGCUCAGGAAUAAAGCGGGUUGGCUUGACAGUGAACUCAACAUGUUCACACAUCAGUACCUGCAGCAAAGCAGAUAGUGUGGGAAGAAGAGAAAAGCAACACUGUUUCCCUUCAGUGCUCUCUUAAUUACUGCAGAGAACAUGGUGGGUGAUGGAAUUCCCUAAAGGGAAUGAGCAAAAGCCUAUUGCUGUUUCCAGUUGCUGUGUGAACAAUAGGAUUCUGCUGCCCUGUUUCACGUCCCACCUCUAAACACUAGCUGUUUAUAAGUCUUUGUUUUCCUUCUUGUGAGACCAGGCUACUUGAGAAGGAGUG